AUGGCUAACAAGACUCAAGCCGACGACCCGUUCGGCAAAGAAGUGCUCCGUCUCCGAGCCGAAUAUGAACACCGUCGCCUUACUACCAAUCUUUAUCCCCCUUGCGGUCGACCAAUUCUCGAACUGGACUUCCAGCGUGGCGACAAGAUUUAUAUGACGUACUGGUUCGACGAUGGCACCAAGUAUGGCCAGUGCGUGCGCAUCUUUAACGUUCCCGGUACUCUCUCAGGCGAUAUCCUACGGCUCCAUCGCAACUUGCCGCCCAUGUCGGGCCAUUUUGAGAUCGAUGGCAACGACAUACGUCCAUUGGACCAUUGUCUGGAGCAUCCCGAGCUCAUCGAGGACGACUCCGAGGACGUGAGCGAGCUAGUUUCCAAGCUGCCUCUCGUCUGUGUCGACCCCGCGAAGCAUUUUCUCAAGAAGGGCAAGUACCGAAGCGAGAUCGAGAAUCUCACCAGGUGCCAGGGCGGCUCUAUACCGGGCCACCCACUCUCUCCGCACGUCGUCCAGCUUCUCGGUAGGUCUGCCGACGGGCAACUCGUCUUUGAAAAGUUAUCGUCUAGCGCGCACACUCUCGGUCGCUUCUCCCCAUUGGCCGUUUACAAGAGCUGGAUUUUGCAACUCAUUGACUCCUUGGAUUUUCUUCAAUCGGUUGGCAUCGUCCACCGCGACUUACGCGCCGAUAACCUUCUCUUUUCGGACGACGGGGAGCGCCUGGUUGUCUGCGAUCUCGAAAGCCGCUGGGGACAGCGGUCAGCGCCCGAGGUUGCCUUCCAUGGAGGCCUGGAGGACUCCGGCGGUUGGACCCGUAGAUCCGACAUAUAUGACAUUGGAGACUGUAUCAAAAGCAUGGUUUACGCAAAUGGGCCGAUCACGCCCUUCGUCGAAUGGCCUGUUCCACCUCCGCUCCAAGCCAUUGUCGAAGCUUGCAUGCGUCCGAGGCCGCAGGAGCGUCCAGCCCUGGCCGACUUGCGUUUCAUGGUGGAGGAGAUCCAGACGGGAACAAUUUAA